AUGGCUGAUGGUCCCACAUCAAACAUAGAGGAGACAAAUAAUAGAAAGAGAAAAAUUUGCCGAGUCAGAGGUCACAGCAUGAAGGGCCGACCUUUGACCCCGACAAGCUGUUCACACAAUCAAAAUACAAAGAAACAUAAAAGUGAAGAACUCCUACAAGAAUCAACUCAGAUCAUGGAAAUCGUCCAGCAGGAUGCAACCACUGUGGAUGACAUUUACAACAUGUUACUUGCCCAUCAAAAUGAUGCCAAUCGGAUAAAUGUUGUUCUUGACGAGUUGUUGCUCAACGCUCAUAGACCAGUCUCUGCAACAUGCUCUAGACAGGUUGAAAAAUUUUUCUGGACUUCGGAACCCGGUGUCGAGAGUCCGAGUCAGAAAUUUUUCAUCCGACUCGACUCCGACACUGACCAGAAUGUUGUGGCUAAUCAUAUUACCACUGGCGUUGGAGUUGGUAAUUUUAACUACAUCAACAGCAAUGACAUUAACAAUAGAAAUUAUAUUGCUAACAAUGGUAUUGGUUCUAAAGCCGUUACCUUUACUGGCAAACAUUUGGAUUACAGUAAUAAUGAUAAUAAUAGUAAUUAUUACAACAAUAAUAAUAUUAAUUAUAAUAAUAAUAAUAAUAACGUUGAAAGUAAUUUUAUCAACUUCAAUUACAUCAACAAUGUCAACUAUAACAACAAUAACAACAUAUUUAACAACAAUGUCAACAACAACAACAACAAUGCCAAUAACAUUGCCAACAACCCUUUAUUAUGGAAUCAACCUGCUAAUCCUAUAGCCAAUAACAUUGCCAACAACCUUACCAACAACAACAGCAACAUUGCCAGCAACAACAACAUUACCAACAACAACAACAUUACCAACAGUAACAACAGCAUUAUUAACAACAACAACAUUACCAACAACAACAACAACAUUACCAACAGCAACAACAACAUUACCAACAACAAAAACAUUACCAAUAACAACAACAAUGAUUCCAACAACAACGUUACCAACCACAACGAUCACAAAAUCAACAACGCCGUCAUGGAUGCUUUUGUAAAUCACAUCAACGCGAAGCUACCACAUCAGCAAAUAGAGAAUGAAAAUGGGGCCAAUGAUGAAUAUGAGAAUGAUAGCUUCAUGACAGCUACUGAUGCUUCUACACCUACUAUUUCUGCUGCCGGCGAUGAUGAUGAUUAUGCGGAUGUGGUUUGUAUUACAGCUGAAGAGAAGGCCUUCGAUUCUUUCAAUUCCGACCUGGCCUCUCUCCUAGAAGUCUUCACCAAUGUCGACCAGGAGUGGCUCUCUGAGCGGCUGCAAACUUACGAUGGUCACCCAGACAGAGUUGAGGCAUUGUCCUCGUAUCUACUUGAAAAUCCGAGUUACCCAAAAUCAAAAAACGAAGGAAAAGUAGUGAGGACCGCAACAAGGGAGGAGCUGGAAAACCUCACCUAUUCGUUUGAAGAUUUCCUCGAGAAAUAUCCAAAUCAUCGGGAAUACUUUUACGAAAUAAAAACUUUCCAGACGCACGUAGAAAAGGAGAACUACAUGGCCCACUGCUACUGGUACCUGAUGAAGAAGUUCCCCACUGUGGCCACACAGUUCAUUGUCGACGUCUGCAACCGCACCGGCUACUACUGUGGUGCUUUCAAUGCUGUAGAAGCGCACGAGCAAAAUAGAUUCUUGUCUACAAAGAGGCGAGGUCGCAAGUGCGUUCGACCACCGAGGUACCAUUUGGCGAGCACCAGACUUCCACAUUUCCUCUUCUAUGAUGAGCUGUGGUAUAAGGACAACGAAGACAAACUUAAUGCUCAUUUGAGUGCAAGAGAAGAAGAAAAAAGGAAUAAAAUUGAGUUGGCCAGAUUGAAUGGUGAACUGUUGACCUGUCAGAUAUGUUUUGAUGAUGAAAUGCUAUUUGAAGAGUCACUGGCCUGCCCUGAAGGUCAUCUCUUCUGCAGGCAGUGUGUUAAGAAGUCCGUUGAAAUAGCUAUAGGUGAUGGCAAAUCAAGAUUCCCGUGUCUCUUCAGCGAUAUCUGUUCCUCCUACCUCACCACAGCAACUCUUCAGAAGGUCCUCAAACAAGCCACACUCGACAAAAUCCUCAACAAAAUGUUCGAAGACGACGUGCAGCUGUUGCAAGAUGAUGUCGAUCGAGAACAGGGCUAUUUAGAAGAAUUAGUUACCUGUCCGUUCUGCAGUUUUGCUGUCUUCCUCGCCGAUGGGGGUAUGAACAAGGUGCUGAAAUGUGGCAAUCCUGAUUGCAUGAAGGAGUCCUGCAGAUUGUGUCGUGAAGUCGCUCACAUUCCACUACGCUGUGAUGAGUUGGAAAAAAGUUCAGAAGUGGCCGCAAGGACCGCCAUUGAAAAAGAGAUGACGGAGGUCAUGGUGAGGACCUGCUACAACUGCAAGAAGAGAUUCUUCAAAGAGGAAGGAUGCAACCUGAUGAGUUGUCCGUGUGGAGCCAAGAUGUGCUACCUCUGUCGACAGCCCGUUAAGAACUACGAACAUUUCAACAAAAAAGACAGUACAUGUCCGUUGUGGGUAGACAACAAGAAACUUCAUGAGAAGGAGGUGAAGGAUAUGGCAGAACAAGCCAAGGUAAAGUAUCUAGAGAAGAACUCCGAUGUUCGUAGAAAGACCAAAUUUAUGGAGCACCUUUAAUGUGGAAGUUGUCCGUUGAGAACUGUAGCAAUGAUGUAUAUAUAUAUAUAUAUAUAUAUAUAUAUAUAUAUAUAUAUAUUAAAUUAAUUAUUAAUCAAGUAUGUAAUUGAAAAUACAGGGUUCUAUUGGCACGUCUGUUCGUAACUAACUUUGCUAAUGUAUGAUAGUUUUUUUUUAUGUGAUUGCAGUUGAAUGUGUUGCAGCUGAAGAUUUUUGAUUUAUUUCCAUCGUGAAAUCUCGCCGUUUUUGUGUAGCUGUCUAGCUGUCUAUUCCAAGACUUCAUUAAUCCUUAUAUAUUUUUGCACUUGUUUUUAAAUUCAUAUUUCCACUUGCGAAUUUUUAUCAAUAAAGUUCUGCACGAAAGUUU